CUGGAUAUCCGCUGACUGGCGAUAUACCUUUGCUUAACCGAAAGCCGCCUAUUUCGUCAGCAUUUACAGCGAACUUAUGCACGUGGAUUUCGGUUUUUAAAAAUCCUGUUGGAACUCUUUGAUUUUCAACCCACUUCCAAGAAGGAGGUAGUUAUUAUGACGAGAUACUUGAGAAAUUCUAGCAAGCACUAGUUGCCCUAUUGGAAAGCGUCUUACCCGAGAGGCUGUGCCUGGUUGAAGCGACUUGCAAUAUUACGUACUAAGAAUUUUCCGAGGAAAUUAUUUAUUAACUUAAUGGUUCACUGAGUAGGUACUUGUGCAUUAUUUCCAUUUUUCAUAUUUACUCUCUACUAAGUAGGCACCAACCCAUUUUUUCAAUCCAGCCUUGUCUACCAAAUUUCAGCUUUCUAUGUCUAAGGGAUCAGGGUCGUUGCUGAGUCAAUCAGUGAGUGGCUGAGUCAGGACUAUAUAUAUGUUUUAUCAAUUAAAACUGAAAAGGGGCAAAUGUCAAGGAAUGAAAACAAAAUGCGAACUAAUUAAACUAAUUAUUGUUUCGACUCGUGUAAUAUCUUCUGUAAAAAGCAUUUCACUGGUCAUGCCUCAAAUGACACUAUCUGGUACAGCCUUUGUCACUGGCUGGGGUCGGUGCGAUUUUACGGGAAAUGAGCUGUGCUUGCCACGAACGUCUCAGUACUAUCCAGACGAAAAAAUAGACCCGAUGUUGAGAAGCGUUCCACUUACUAUUAAUUCACAGAACCAUUAUUGCGAGGGAUACAAACUUCAUGGAACGGAUAUAGGCAAAGGUAUGCUCUGUGCUGGAGGAGCUCGUGAAGAAAACUCGGCGUACCCAUGUCUAGCGGUCCCCGGCGCUCCUCUCGUGCUUGGCGCCAAGUUAGUCGGAAUCUUGUCGUGGGGCUUCGGCUGUGGCUUUCAACACGACUUACCGCUUAUCUACACCAGCACCCAGUAUUAUACAAGUUGGAUCACUCAUAAUAUUGUAAUGUUUCGGACAUUAUCGAACAAUGAUUUUACUCAAUUAUUUCAAGCCACAAAAUCGUGUGUGCUCCUCGACUGGCUUUCGAGGACCAGAAUCUCAAUGCCGUUAUCGCAUGAUCAUUCCAAUGUCUAUAAAGAGCUUCAACUUAUGAAGUUUGAUGAAAAGCUUGUCAUGUUGCAAGGAAGACCAUACGAUAUAAGAGACUACAUUUACGAGACAGAAUUUCACAACAAAAAAAUACUAUUGUAUGAAGAAGUUAAGAAAACGCUUGAGGAAAAACUCUCCAAGGCAGAAAUUAUUAAAAAUGCUUCUAAAUUAUUACUGUUGCAUAAAGUCAUGCCGUUUCUAAGUAAUAAAUCCUUAUUAGGUGUCACCUAUGAAGAUAAUGAUAAUUCUGAUGAUGAUUAAGUAAUUUUUUGGGUCAUCAUCAUCAUAAGAGGCAGGUAGGUAGGUCCUAUAGCACAAGA